AUGCAAUUCUCCCACAUUCUUGCCUUGGCCUCUGUUUUGGCCUUCACCAAUGCUAUCUCCGGCGAGGGCGCCGGUGGAGGUGACUCUUCCAGCGGCGGCUCCAGCGGUGGUUCUGGUGACUCUUCCAGCGGCGGUUCCAGCGGUGGUUCUGGUGACUCUUCCAGCGGCGGCUCCAGCGGCGGCUCCAGCGGUGGAUCCAGUGGCGGAUCCAGUGAGGGCGGUUCCAGUGGCUCUUCUGGUUCUUCCGGUGACUCUUCUUCUGGUGGUUCCUCUGGUGGUUCCUCCGGUGGUGACUCGUCCAGCGGUUCCUCUGGUUCCUCUGGCUCUUCUGGUGGACUCGCUGGCUUGGGUUCUUCCGGAUCUUCUGAGUCUGCUUCGCCAUCUGGCUCCUCCGGUUCUUCCGGCAGCCUGGCUAGCGGCAUUGCUGGCUCUGCCGCCUCUGACUCCUCCGACUCCUCGUCUUCUGGCUCCUCCGGUUCUUCUGGAUCUUCCGGUUCCCUGAGCAAGUCUGGCUCUUCUGACGCUUCUGCCAAUCCUUCCGCUUCUGCCAGUGCUGCUGCUGGUGGCAAGACCGCUGGCGGUGCUGUGGCUGUGGCUGCCAUUGUGGGCAACUUGUUGCUCUAA